AUGGACACUCCAACAUCAUUGGAAUUAGAUUUCAAUGAACAUUGGGGAAACAGCAUUUACGAUGAAGUGUUGAGGGGUAAAGAAGUUAGAAAUGAAAAGGUUAAAAAUAACAGCACAAAUUCAAUUUAUGACUAUGACUUCGCAAAACUAAACUUCGAUAGGCCAUCGUGUUCCAAAAAUGGAAGAUCAAAUAUGCCAAGAAAAGGCACAUCAGAAGACGAACUCUACUUUCUACACGUGAGAAAGAAAAGAAAUAAAAAAGGAAGAAGAAUCAAACUCUGUAAAGAGUUAGAAAAAGAAGAAGGACACAUAUGGGAUAUAAUUGAUGAAAUUGUGUAUAACACUUUGUUACUCUGCAAAGAGCCAAGCGUUAGCAGCUUGAGUGUGGAUGCAAAAUCUUCUGAUGUUUAUUAUACUAAUGACGAUGACAGAACCCCUUCAGAAAGACAUUCAGAUGACGAAAAUUUUGAUGAAUCUGGAAAUAUAGUAUCCGAUAUUAUAGAAAAUAUUAUAAAUGCUCAUGAUUACAUAAUACGGGAUGAACUGGCAGCAUCCCUUAUAUCUAAUGUAGACGAUACAGGAGAUGCUGAUAGAAAAACUUCAUCUUCAAGUUUGGAAAGAGAUAUCCAAGACUUCAUAAUGAAAUACAUUGAAACUGUACAUUCGGAAUUGUUCAAAUCUAGUCUUCUGGAGUUGAUUGACCCAUCCAUUAUCGAUAAUGAGAUGGAUAACUUUAUAACAAACACUUAUAAUGAAACUGAUCAAGAAAAUGUACGAAAAAUUCAAGAAAAUACAAAUAAUGAUCUAAAAGAUACUGGGACUGAUCUGACAGAACUUACUUCGAAUGACAAAGGACCAACGAAUAAUUCAUUUAAUGAUCUAGAAAACAAUGGUAAUGAUAUUCAGAUAAAUGAAAUGAACCAAAAUAAUACAUUGGAAAAUACUCAAGAACGUAACGCAAUAAAACAUAACUUUGACGUAGAAAAAGACAUUAAAACGAUAAACCUUCCAUCUACCCAAGGACAAGCAAAAGAAAUGAAUAUAAAACUAUCACAAGACAAAUUGGAAGCAAUAAAAAUUGAUCAUAAAGAUUCUGACGUAGCAAAUGAUCUAACUACAAUAGAAAAUAAUCUUGUUAACACUGAGGAAUCCGAAGGAAAAUCACCAUUUAAUAAUGUCACAUCUGAAGACAGUCUUAAAAAAGUAAAAUUUUCUAAUAUAACUAUCGGUGAUGUGGAUGAACCGUGGCCGGAAAAUUUAAUGUUCCCACUCGUUAAAGCUACAGUAUCAGUCAGUAAAUCUAUAUUAUCAUUAGGUAGAAUCAUGGAAAUUGAUGAAAAAUAUAACGAAUCUCGCAUUAACUCAAAUAUGGAAGACGCUACUGAGAUAGAAGAAAAUUCUGAUAAAACAAAAGACGUUCUAACCCUUCAAAGUUUAUACAAAGUUGCCGACAAAUUAAAUAAAGAAACAUUAACGAGUACUGAUGAAGAAAUUCAAUGUGAUUUAUACAAAGAUAGCACCAAUGUAGGAACUGAUAUAGACAGAAUACGAAAAAUUAAAUGUGAAAUGUUAUCAGAGAGACGUCUGUCUGCUUUUGAAAUCCAUCCAGAAAUAAUAAUACACCAAGAGCCUAGUCCUGAUGUUGCGAAAAAAGAUAAAAGUACUGAAAUAAAAUCUAGUGAGACUAACUAUUCAAUUCCUACACAUAACCCCUUUAAAGGUAUUCUUUAG